CCGGUUUUGCCGUGAGAGUAACUACAGUACAUAGCGUUAGUGUUUGUGCUCUGUUUUCCAUGAACUUCCCGACAGCGGGUCCCGAGGUCUGGUUCUUCCAUCUAGCUCCGUUGUAAUUAUGACGAUUCUGGCGCGCGUGGAUGUAGAACUGCAGCUAAGGAUGUGUCUGCAGAUGAUAUUUUUGCUCCUCCGAACCUUGGAGCAACAACAUUACGUCUAAUCGCCACUGCGUCGGAUUCUACUAGGGCUAGAAUCUCUGCUACUAAAACACCAGGCGACUCCAACCCUCGUAGUGGAAUCUACUACCCACAACCUUCGUAACUGUGCCUGCAUCAAACGCGGUUACAGUUUUCAUUUCAUUUCUCAUUACGACUCGACCCGCUCCCGAUUUCCAUCAGUAGUCCUCCCGUCGGAAUACAACCACCAUGGUUCGCCACAAAAAGGACAACUUCUCGUCGCGGGGCAAGCACUACAACCGCGGACCCCCUCGCCAUUCGCGACGACCCGAGACGGACAUCAACCACAACAUUGACGGCAACAACAACGAUGCCGCCUCAGGUUCUAACCCUACCAACUCCUCCUCCACCCGCCCCGCCUUCAAAGCCGCCUGCUGGGACCUAGGCCACUGCGACCCGAAGCGCUGUUCCGGCAAACGGCUCAUGAAGCUCGGCCUGAUGCGCGAGCUGCACCUGGGCCAGCGACACUCAGGCGUCAUCAUCACGCCCAACGGCAAGCAGACCCUCUCCCCGGCCGACGCGCCCCUCCUGGAACAGUACGGCGCGGCCGUGGUCGAGUGCUCGUGGGCCCGCACGAAGGAAGUCCAAUGGACCAAAGUCGGCGGCCGGUGCGAGCGCCUGCUCCCGUACCUGGUGGCGGCCAACACGGUCAACUACGGCAAGCCGUGGCGGCUGAACUGCGUCGAGGCGCUGGCGGCCGCGUUUGCGAUCUGUGGGCACCUGGACUGGGCCGCGCAGGUGCUCGCGCCGUUCUCAUACGGGUCGGCGUUUCUCCAGAUCAACUCGAGCCUGCUCAGGAAGUAUGCCGCGUGUGAGGAUGAGGCGGGGGUCAAAAGAACUGAGAAGGAGUGGAUGGAAAGGUUGGAUCGGGAGUAUACCGAAAGCAGGGAAGAGGGGGAUCCGGAUGACUUGUGGGCGGGCGGGAACGUGAAUCGGAGGGCGCCGGUGGAGUCGGAUGAGGAGGACGAGGCAGAGGAUGAGGAAGGGAGUGACGAAGAUGGAGACGAAGAAAAGGACGACGACGACGAGCGUAUAGACGGGAUCUACCUUGGCAGCAAACCGCCACCACAAACCAAAUCGCCACAAGAGCAGCCAAAACAAAAAGACCGCUACGCUCUCCCUUCAGACGGCGAAGAGGAGGACGACGACGCCGAAAUGGAAGCCAUUCGCCGCAAGAUCCUCGCGUCCAAGCCCUUCUUCAACCCCGAGCCAGAGGAAAGGAAGCCGCUGGAAAGCAUCCCCCGGCCAGAGCCAAAAUACAAGCCCGACUCCGACGCCGAGCCCGACUCGGACAACGGGUCCGACAACAACGAGUUCGAUAACAUCAUCGACGCCACGCCCGUGACGGAUCGCAUCGGAUUGAUCAAGCUGGAGAAGGAGCGGGCACGCAUCACAUCGACGUCGAGGACCUUCUCAUCCGGUGGCGCAUCUGCGCCAAAGAGGUGGUAACUUCCGUUAAUGAAUGAAUUGAAAGGCUGCUUGAUGGGAGCGUUCUACUGUACAAAGAUAGUUUACACAGGGAAUUGCCUCCUUCCCCGCAGCAUGUACGCCAUCUAAAACUACCCCGGGUAACGACUGUAUUAUCCCAAGUCUAUAUCUCCC